CCACUGCGCUCGCAGAUGCGAUGCUCGGCGCAACAAGUCAGCCAGCAGACAUUCCAUGUGCUCAGUGCUCCUCUGCCUUCGUUUUGACAACUCCGAGAACCGCUUCUCUUCUUCCAGUCUUGUCUACCUUUCCCCACGGACUUCUUUACUAUCGAAGACGAUGAUGUGGACAUUCGGCCGAAUUUAGUCUUCUGUGAGUGCGCCGUGGAAAUGAUAUACUCGACAGCAUAGCUACCCGCAGCUUCCGCCACGGCUGAUGAUGAUGAUGACGAUGAUGAUGGACCAACAGGAGCAGAGUGAUGACAUCGGUGUCCUGAGCCCGCUGGAGUUGCUGACCGAAGCCGCCAAGGAGGACGAUGGGCACUGCCAACCACAGUUCAGGCUGCAACUGAUUGAUGACCUGACGUAUGAAGAUGUCAAGAAAUGCUACAGGGGCUCGACCGUCAGCAAGUACAACUCCCAGUACCACAAGCUGUUCCAGAGCGUCCCCAAGGAGGAGAUCCUUAUGAAAGUGUAUUCCUGCGCUCUCCUCCGAGACAUCCUACUUCAGGGCCGCCUCUACAUCUCCCGCAACUGGCUGUGUUUCUAUGCCAACCUCUUUGGGAAGGACAUCAAGGUGGCCAUUCCAGUGGUGUCAUUACGGCUGGUGAAGAAGCACAGGACGGCAGGCCUGGUACCUAACGGGUUGGCCAUCACCGUGGACACCAGCCAGAAGUAUGUGUUUGUGUCCUUGCUGUCUCGAGACAGUGUCUACGACAUCCUCAGGAGGAUCUGCACACACCUUCAGGUGAAUGGGAAGAAAAGCCUUAGCCUGAAGCAGUACUUGGAGGAGCCUAGCUCACUAUCUAUGGAUGAGUUCCCCGUGGUCAAUGACUUCCCUCCGGUGUUGAAGUGGAGGAGGAAGCCGUCCAUUCCAUCCGUGUCCUCCUCUCUCCCGGAUCUCCUUGGUAACUCCACCAGAAGUCGGCGUGCAGUGGACAUCCCCUACCUACCUACGGAGGUUCCCCUGACAUUAAAGGAGCGGAGUCUGGAGACAGGGAAGAUCCUCCUGACAGAGCCAGUACCAGAACUGGGCCACAUGGAGUACCAACUGCUCAAGUUCUUCAUCCUGCUUAUCGUCCUGCUCGUCCUGUCCUCCUGCUACCUGGCCUUCCGUGUGUGUUGUCUAGAGCAGCAGCUGUCCUUCCUCAACACACAUCCCACAAUGCCCAUGAGAGAGAGGUAACACUUGCUGCAUGCUGCGUCAACAUUGGACAGAUGGUCUGUCAGUCACGGAGGUUCUCCUGGCGAUUGGGCAAACAGAGACUCUGUUUGUUUACCUGUUCACUCUGUCCCACCCUGUAGGUGUGGAGAAGUGCCCUGCUGGUUCAAUGAAAAGACAAUGACUUGAGAAAAUCCAAGACCUGAAGCCAAAACUGCAGUUAAAUAGACCGUCCAAUAGGGGGUGCCAGAGAGACAAGAAUCCUCUUGUCGUUCCCUAGAAAGACUAUGGACUGCAGACAGAUGGAGGAGGAUUGGAAGAAGACGACUACAGAGGAGUUGUCAAUGGGACAGAGCCAACAGAGUUCACCUGACCUUUGACCUCAAUGUCCUUGUUUUACUCGGAUUCUGCCAAGGAACUUUACAAUACCAGUCAACUGAUCAGACACUUCCGCGUCCAGGAUUUUAGAGACAGAGCCUGUUGUCAGACACACGGAGCCUGUUGUCAGACACACGGAGCCUGUUGUCAGACACACGGAGCCUGUUGUCAGACACACGGAGCCUGUUGUCAGACACACGGAGCCUUUUUCAACAGGAAUAGACUGUACCCAGUAGGAGAGUUGCUACAAGAGAGACUGAAUAAAGAUUGAAUAUAAGAAGGCAGUCCGAUCAGGAACUCAACCUGACCUGGUCAACCAUUUCCAACCGUAGCCCACCUUGCAAUGUUUACUGUGCAUGGUCACCGAGACAUAACCGUUCCUGUAAUACUAAAGAAAAAUAUUAACUAUUUCAAUGGACACUAUUAUCAGAGGUUUAACAUUUCUGUCAGAAUUUGAAGAUGCUGUGCUCGAGUCUUGUCAUGCCAACUGAAAACAUGCUACUGUGUGUGUCAGGUGAGGUUGUGAAAGUGUGUGUGUGUGUGCGUGCGUGUUGUAUGUGUGUGUGUUUGAGUGUAUUAACCAUUGUUUGUGUGACUUAACAAGUGGCUAGGACUGUCUCAAGGUAGUCGGUAGCUUCUCCAUGUCAUGUAAUAAUAGAUAUUGACAGAAUUGUAAAGCCAUUGUCUGUGAAUCUGUGUUGGAUGGAACUUUGGACGUGAACGGAGAGAAAGUGGUGAAAGUAUUGAGAGAGAGAGUUUGAGUUUUUAUAAAACCUUUAUUUUUACUCAAGUGAUAACAUAAAUAAUGACACACUGCCUUUUCAGAAAUGAAACAACAAAUGUAAUUCCUAAACAAAAAUAAAUACACAACAUAUACAUUCAACUUAUUUCAUCAGCAAAAAAUCAUUUCCCCUCCUCUACAAAACAAAGCGCUCCUUCGUAAGCCCACAUCUCCUCAACUAAUAGGAGAUCUUUUACAGCUGAAAAGAACUCAAAAUCUACUUUUAUUCUUGCUUUCACUAAUCCUUUAAAAACACAUCUUACAUCCUGCCCAUAUCCCGUUUCUAUCUUAUGUUUCCUAUUCAGAAAAAUUGACAUCUUAGCUUGUCCUAAAAUAAAAUGUGACAUUUUCUUUUAUGUUGUUUACUAUAUUGAAACUCCAAAAUAAAAACAGUGUUAUUGAAAAACUCCCCUACA